AGCGGUAGAUGUUAGCUGUAGUGUCUCUACGUGUGACCAGGUGUACGUGCUGGAGGUGACGUGGUCUGAAGGAACGUCCACACUCGUCUACAGGAGAUACAGCGACUUCUUCGAGUUCCAGGUGUGGGCUAAUGUUGCUGUUUCACAUGCCCCGCCCACGUUUUGUAACAUCCAUGUUCGUGAACGUCACUUGUCUCUCCCGGCCCUCUCAUCAGUGUGGCCUGUUGGAGAGAUUCCCAGAGGAGGCUGGGGCCAAAGAUCCCGCAGACAGGAUCAUUCCUUUCCUGCCAGGUACUUUUUCUAGUGAGUGUGAGACUAUUUUGCGUACAUGGGAUAUUAUAAUGCAGGCAAGAAGUUACUGGGACGCAGUCAAGUCAGGUCUGUGGCUGAGAGGAGAAAGGACAAGUUGAACGACUACUGCAAGGCACUGGUUCGACUUCCUCCAAAGAUAUCAGAUGAUGUAUUUGUCCACAAUUUCUUUGAGGUUCGACUGGAUGACCUUGAUGACCCAAGCAAGGUGGACAGGGAGAAGGCAGAGAAAGUGACUUCUGUGUCGCCAGUGGAGGAGAUCUCAGGACCAAUGGUACUGGAGAGAUACGUGGCUGUGGCUGACUAUGAGAAGCAGAAGAAGAACGAAUGCAGUCUGACAGCUGGUCAAAUGGUGGAUGUCGUCGACAAGAACCAGAACGGAUGGUGGUUUGUGUCUCUUGACAACUUUAACGAGGGGUGGGUCCCUGCCACUUACCUGGACCCUCUCUAUGGAACUGAGGAGGCUCAUGUGGAGAUGUUUGCACCUGGACAAGAGCAAUACAUCACUACCAGCGGCUACCACGCUCAGAAUCCAGACGAGGUCAGUUUUGAGAGGGGAGUCAUUGUGGACGUGAUCGCUAAAGGACUGGAUGGGUGGUGGACCGUCCGGUACAAGGAGCGAGAGGGUCUGGCUCCUGCGGCAUACCUCAGUCGUUACUCAGGACCCCAUUCGGUAGUGGCCACCCCUGCCGAGCUGGUCGGUUCUGUGAGAGAUGCCGUUCAGCUGGCCAGUGGGACCAAACAGUCCUGGAGAUCUCAGGCUCACAUGGACGUCCAAGAACCAAUCUACGCACCAACACCGAGGAAGAUGUCAGUCAAGAGGAAGAUAGAACGUCGAGCACCCCCAGCCAAACGUUCUGUUCCCACUGUGACUAAAACAGGCCCCACCCCCGAGCCAGUCGACGAGCCCUGUCCAGUGUACGAGGUCAUCCCCGAGCCAGAGGAAGAGGUGUACCUGACACUCGCAGACUUCCAGGCUCCAGGCACAGGUGACGGUCUCAGCUUCUCUGCCGGUUGCUCCGUGACCGUGGUGACCAAGAACGCCAGUGGGUGGUGGUACUGUGGAGAUGGGGGACAAGGAGGGUUGGGUGCCUUCUUCGUACCUGGAGAGAGCCGCCAAGAAUGAGACCUUGCAGACACCUCCACCCAAACUGCCAGCCAAGAGAUCGCCUGUCAAGAGAAGAGAGCUGCCCCAGUCAGGAAACAAGGCAGCUCUCCGUCGCUCCACCUCUGAGGAGACAUUGAAAGGGUCCCAGCUGAAACCUUCUCCGUCUCACAAAGUUCACGUGAACUCACCUCCUGGUAAAUCCACUUCCUCUUCUCUGCUGACUGCCUCCACUCCCCACCUCUCAUCACCGCAACAACGCAAACCCACCAUCUCAGUCCCGUCUCACACCAACAAGAAGACCCUCACCACCGGAGGAAACACACACACCCCAAUCGGUCGCUCCUCGAGCUCAGGGGACCAGGCCACCAGACCCAAGCCUCACUUGGCUCCCAGAACACAGCAGAGUGCCACUAGUCUCAGUGUCCCCAAACCACACACGAAGUCUCGUUCAGCUGACGGAUCCACCAACUCCAGAGAAAGAACCCUGUCUUCCAGAACUGACCACAACCGUCCAGUCUCAGAGCUGGCACAGUUGCUGCAGAAGAAGCAGGCAACCUUAUCAGCUAACUCAUCUGCUAAACCAUCCUCGCCACGAGCCACGCCCAAGACUGCCACACCCAAGACUGCCACACAGAAAACAGCCUCUCCCUCUACCAAGAGACUGGACUUGAGCGUCAAACAGCCACCGCAGAGACCAAAGCCCUACAAUACCACGGCAACUACGAAGAGAGCUCCGCCCAAGAGACCGGAACCGCCCAAAUCCAACACCAUUUCCCACACCAAGAAAACUCCGCCUCCCAGGCCGUCGACGAGUCCCUCUCAGACCCGCAAGACCUCUGUCGGCUACACUGCUGUGUGUGAGUACACGGGGGGAGACGGGCAGAUGUCUCUGAGAGCUGGGCAAAUUGUGGAGGUGCUGGAAAAGUGCAGCGACGGAUGGUGGUACGUGAAGGCCGGCUCCGAAGAAGGCUGGGCUCCAUCCUCUUUCUUAGAGGAAGGCAAGUCCAAGCCAGGAAGACCGGCAAAUGGGCCAUCCCAUCCUAAAACAGAGCAUCCCAUUGCCGGAUCGAGCAAGCCUACACCAGCUGCACGUCCAAUACCGAAGCCUCGACGCAGUCCGCAGACACCUCACGCCAGCAACAGUAUGUACAGAGCUGCAGUCUCGUACCAGGUUCCAGUCUACGAGGACUCUGGAAUCACUCUGGUGGCAGGCCAGCUGUACGAAGUGUUGGAGAAGCAGGAAGGGUGGUGGUUUGUGAAGGACACCCAGGGAGAAGGCUGGGCUCCAGCCUCACACCUAGACCCAGCAUAGCUCACUCCUUUAGAUGAUAGCUGCUUCUCACUUCUUCUGUUCAUUGAUUUUUAAAGCAUUGUAUGUAUGAUAU